UAACAAAGAGUGCAUAAGAAGCUUCGAACCAAUAUGUAGCAUGGCCCUUUGCCUCGGAAGAGAAACACUAGCCACUUCAAGUGGGAACAUGUUUUCUCUCUCCAAGUGGCCUUCCAUGGAGAAUAGCUUCUAUCUUGUGGCUGCAGCGAUCACAUUACUGUUCGUGACUGCGCAUGGAAGAGUCGAUGAGUCGAUGAUGGCUCCCUCCCCGGAGUUUAAUGUGUUAUGCAUUAGCGAAUGCGGUACUUGUCCGAUGAUAUGUGCACCGCCGCCACCGUCACCGCCGCCGCCGCCGCCAUCGUCGCCGUCAUCAUCCUCAAGUACCCCUACACUGCAUCGGCCUCCCCCGCCGCCACCAUCACCAAAAAGCUACUCUUCUCCGCCUUCUCCGUCGUCGCCGCAUUCCUCAUCACCUCCUGCAGGGGAGCAGCGAGGGGGAUCUUCUAGUCCCUACUACUACUUCUACACUUCCGGGGCAAAGCAAGUGCGUUUCUUUUUGAACUUUUGGGAAUUGUUCUUCCUUGUGCUCGCUUCUUUCGCCCUGUUUCCGCAUUGAUUAGUGGUGACCUCAAUAUAUAUAUAAACUAGGGUUAUUGCUAAAAUUGAGUCCCCUUCAGAUAGAAGGGUACAAUGUAUAUUAUUAUUAUUAUUAUUAUUAUUAUUAUUAUUAUUAUUAUUGUGGUAAUAUGAAUUAAGGGCUGAUGGUUGGUCGGUCGCGCCGUUCACUCAAUUCGUCCGUAACGAGAUAUUGACUAAUCAUUAAUUUGUUACCUUCAUCAAUGAAGUGAUUAGUAAGUUGGAUGCGUCAACAAGCCGUUGCAGGGUACGAUGUCAUAUCGGGUUGUUCACGUCGAAGU